AUGGCGUCGUCUACGAGGACGCCAGAUGAUGAUGCCAAAGGCAGUUCUAGCACCGCCUCGCCUCGCCCAUCCAUGGUCAAAGGCGCGUCUCUGUUGAUCGUGCUGCAACUCAUCUCCCGCCUCGUCACCUUUGUCGCAAACCAGCUCCUCCUACGCUUUCUCACCGCACCGUUACUAGGCCUCUCUACUCAACUCGAGGUUUACUACCUCUCUGUCUUGUUCUUCGCGCGUGAAAGCUUGCGUGUUGCCAUACAGCGUCAGGAGACAGGUGAAGGAUUGACCAUGGACAAGCGUGGGGAGAGCCAAGCCGUCGUUAAUUUGGGAUAUUUAGCCAUCGUGCUGGGUUUCUUUGUUAGCGGUGGUUUGGGAUGGACAUAUCUCGCGUACGCGAAUCAAUCGACUCUGGAGACACCGUAUCUGGUUCAAUCGGUUUAUCUAUAUGGCUUGGCUUCCAUGAUUGAGCUUGUCUCGGAACCAUGUUUCGUCCUCAUGCAAACAAGACUGCAAUUCGGUACCCGAGCCACGGCGGAGGCUAUAGCCACAUUUCUUAGAUGCAUCAUUGUCUUCGGCUCUGCGGUCUGGGCGUCCAAAAGACAUCUCGAACUCGGGGUCUUGCCAUUUGCUCUUGGCCAACUCACUUAUGGUGCAUCCCUGCUCCUUGUCUACCUCCACUCAGGAUACGGUCUCGCAAGGUCGAUGGGCUUCUCACUCCUACCUAGACCUGUCUCCGGUGACAAUAGCUUUCUCGGCACAUACCUCUACAAGCCGACCCUGACGCUUGCGGGGAGCAUGAUGGCGCAAAGCGUCGUGAAACACCUUCUCACCCAGGGCGACACCUUUCUCAUCUCACUUCUUUCGACACCAGACAUCCAAGGUGUUUAUGCACUGGCGAACAACUAUGGCGGCCUUUUGGCGCGAUUGCUCUUCCAACCAGUUGAAGAAAGCAGCCGCAGCUAUUUCUCCAGGUUGCUAGUCGCCAGUUCCGACAAAACGGUAGCCAAAACCGUGUCGCCAGCUGUGCAAGAAGCAAAGAAAAGUUUCCAGACUCUCACGAGGCUCUACAUUCUUCUAUCUGCAGUCAUUGUCAGUCUUGGGCCAUUCGCUGCACCAUCACUACUUGCCAUUGUCGCUGGUGGGCGGUGGAUAGCUGCAGGAGCUGGCGAUGUCCUCAGCAUGUACUGCUUCUACAUUCCUUUCCUUGCACUUAAUGGUCUCACUGAGUCCUUUGUUGCAUCUGUCGCAUCAGAAGCCGAGGUGCACAAGCAAUCGAUGUGGAUGGCCGUCUUUUCAGUUGCCUUUGCCACAUCCGCUUUCGUCUUCAUGAGCGUAUUUCCAUUGGGAGCCCGCGGCCUUGUUCUGGCCAACAUUAUCAACAUGCUGUGUCGUAUUACAUGGAGCCUUGUUUUUAUCACAGGUUACUUCGGAAGGAACAAGACCACCCUUUCCUUCAGGUCUCUGGUACCAGAGAGCACGGUUGCGCUGGCGCUCUCGACACUCGUCCUCAUGCACCAACUGCAUGUCCUUGAGAAUGCAGGGUCAAGGCCAAUCAUGACGCUUACAAAGAUUGCUGGCUCGGCAAUUCCAUUACUUCUUUUAAUUGUAUUCCUAGAAAGACAUUUCCUUCUCGAAUGCUUCCAGUCUCUGCGUGGCCGGAAAGCUGCCAAACAACAAUAA